AUGGGACUUGUUCUGCAAGGACAGUUCGAAACCGACUUCUUGAAGCUGCUGGAAAAGUCUUUCCUGCCUCCAAUGGCUGGAUUCUCCAACAAGACAAUACCCCUUGCCACAUGGCAAGAGCUGUUGAAGCUUCUUUCAAAACUCGAAUUGGACAAAUUUUAUCCCAACAAGCUCCGUCUACAGUGGCUCUUCGAGAUAAACAAAAGCAGCACGUCUGAUGAAAUUGUCAAAUCAGUAGAGGAAAUACCAUGGUGCUUUCUCAGAAGACUGCUUAAAAUCAAUGCAGAAUGCAGAAAUGCUACACAAUUCCCCAAAAGCAAUGAUGACGAGGAAGAAAACGAUGAUAUAUUUGAAAUUGACCCAUAUACAGCAUUUAAUUCGGCAUACAAUGGAGUUCACCCUCUUGACCUCAUCGUGGCGCUCUUCCUUUGUGCUGACAGCUCCUUGAAACAGGAAAUAGCCCUCAAGAUGUCCAUGUGCCAGUUUUCUGUCCCACUGCUGUUGCCUCAUGGCAAUAAGAAUCAGUGCAGCCUGAUGCUUUGGGCUCUGAGAGACAUCGUGAAAGAGUGGCGUCCACAUGAUCUGUCCCAAUCAAGAGGUUUUGUUGAAGACUACAUUGUCCAAGCAAAAAUGCCAUUUUAUUCCUUUGUGAGGCUGAAAAACUGCAGCUUAUCAAAGUCCCAGAUUUUGAAUCAGGUUCUCAGCCGUGGACAACAGAAUCACAAUAUCUUCAUACACAGAGAGAUGAAAGGAGGAACACUUCAAAGAGAAAUAGCCAAUGGGUUGGUAGAAGUUUGCUGGUACCUUCCCCGUGGAAGAGAAAAUCUGGACAUAUUUCCAGAGCCAGUCGCCUUCGCCAACUUACGAGGAGACAUCUGUGAGUCACUCGCACAAUUCAACUUUCUUUAUCAAGUGUCAACUGCUACCUUUGUGUUUCUGGACAAAAUUGAAGAAAAUGAGCACAAGAUUUUGGCUUCCCUUCAAGAUACAACAUCAAAACUCUUCUUGGUAGUUAAUCGCAGAGAUGAUGGUGCCACAGAGGACAUGAUGUCAGUCAACGCAACAAUGGAAACAUUACAUUUUCCAAGAAGCAAUGUGAAAAACAAACGCACAGGAGUAAAUACUGUUGAUUUUUCAGAGAAACUAUGUGAAGUCAUCAAGACCUCAUCAACAUCUGCAACAACCAUUGACAGUAUGCUUGACAGAGCUGUUGAGCUUGGUCUUUCUGUCGAUGAACGUUGCAGUGACGACCAAAAGGAGGCAGUCGAGAAGAUGGUAAAGGACAUUAAAGUGCAAAGUCACUGCAAGAAACAACAACUGCCUUUGCAGGGAGACAACUGGAAAAGGUUAUCACAAUUAGAAAAGGAGGAGUGUAGACUGAAGAAUUCUGGUGACUCAGGACUGGAAGAGUAUAAAGCUCAGCUGCAAGAGGAGCAAAAACAAAUCAAAGAGAAGCAAAAGAAAUACAAAUUGUCUGAAGGAAUGAAGACUUUUAUUGAUAACUCAUCAACAAGUGACAAAGAAAAAAGAGAUUUUUUUCUGAAGUGGAUGAAACUCAAGCUUGAUACAAAAUCACGGAGCAAACUGUCUGCACUGCGCAACAAGUUCAAAGAGGCAAGCAAAGCAAAAGAUGCAAAAGUCAUGGCAGAGUUGGAUCAAACUUUUUUGAAUACUUCUUUAGGAACAGAGCAUUACAUGAGAGAGAUGGGACUGAUCUACGAGGUCUCUUUAUACUCACAAGAAACUGUUGGCAAAAUGUCUCAUUUACCAGGUGUGGCUGCUGAAAUGCUGUUGGAUGGUUAUCCUUUAGAGCUCUUGGAUGGAGAUGCUUCUAAUGUCCCACAGAGAUGGGUGACAGAUGUGCUGAUGGAGCUCCACAAGAAGGUUGGACAGAGGAGCAGAUUGUUGGUACUAACUGUGUUGGGUGUUCAAAGUUCAGGAAAGUCAACACUCCUCAACACCAUGUUUGGUGUGAAGUUUCCUGUCAGCAGUGGCAGAUGCACAAGAGGAGCCUACAUGGUCUUCCUUAGAGUUGGAGAAGAUUUGAAAAGGGAGCUGAAUUAUGACUUUGUGGUUCUCAUUGACACAGAGGGUCUAAAAUCUCCUGAUCUGGCACAACUAGAGGACAGUUAUGAACAUGACAACCAGCUGGCAACCUUUGAAUCGUUGUCAGACCUCCAUGGACCUUAA